GUCCUUUACGAAAUAUUAUAAAAAUGCGGUUAUGGCAACACAGCUGAAUUCGCCGCAGCGAAUUUUUUCUCCGCUUGCUAUCUUGACAGCAAAACCGAAGCCGAUUGUCAAAACAGAACGCCGCGGGGUUUUUGUAAUAAAUGUGAAUUUUGAGUGAAUUCCUCAGUGAAAUAUAGGACUAAAUGUGAAAAUGACGACUUCAGACCUCAAGGAUGCCAAUAACAAAGAAAAUGCACAGGCGGACGAUUCCGUGAGCAGUACAACGAAAGGGAGUGCGAGUGCAAAGAAAUCAAGCAACCGGACGGACUUCAUUUAUGAUGUCCGCGAUCGGGAGUCGUUUUACAAAGACCUUCAAGGGUUUCACGAGAGUCGAAACACACCGAUCGUGAGAUUCCCGAAAAUUAAUGGGAAGGAAGUUGACUUACACAAACUUUACGCUGAGGUGGUGAAGCGUGGCGGAUGGCUAAAAGUUAACAUUCGCAAUGAAUGGGAUGAACUGCUUCAUAUACUGGGCAUCAACCAGAAAUGUGUGAAUGCACCGGUUGCGAUUAAGCAUAUCUACACGAGGUACUUGGACAAGUAUGAGCGACUCCACUUUUUGGGCGAAGAUCCAGACCGCGCGGAUGAACCGGACGACGAGGGACGCCACAAGAAGUGGUCUGCCAAGAACUUCACUUCUGUCCCUAUGACCUACAACUACAGCCAGCAUCAGGUGUCAGAGCCGCUACGAGUGCUACACCGCCUGUCCACGGAUAUGUUUAAGCCGUCGGAGUACGAUAAACUGAUGUUAUCGCUCCUAUCGCCUUUGCCAAAUGAACAGGAUUUUGCGAUAAAUGUGUGCACCUUGAUGGCGAAUGAAAGCCAGCACACACUAAAGUUGGAUCAUUGUCCGAAGUUGGUGGAUGUCUUGAUAGCACACGCCGGGGUAUUCUCUCACUUUUCAAUGCGCGACAUAUUCGUUGAAAUGUACACGAAAGUCCGUCGACAUUCUCUCCAGACCUUUUGGACCGAUUGCCUCUACGACAAACCGCCGAUUCUCGAACUAUCGUAUGAUGAUUAUUUCCAAGCUCCUGAUGAAAAAUUCGAAGAUAUGGCAGCAUAUCGAACUUGUGAACGGUUACCGUUUCGGGGAAAUGGAGAAAAUGUAAAUGCGGUUGAUCCCGAAGAAUACAAAAACGACGUUGGAAGAUAUGAUUUUCUCUGUUUGGGUCGAGGACUGGGAACGCACGAUUAUGUUGGACAACGUGUUCUGCAAGUGACGUCAAUAAUGCGCAAUUUAAGUUUCUUCGAAGAAAAUUUAUCCAUUUUCGCCACCAAUAGAACUUUCCUACGGUUUCUUGUAAUGUGCGCAAAUGUACGUUGGGGCAAUUUACACCACAUGGCAUUCGAUAUUUUUGGAAAUAUAGCAACGCAAGUAAGUCUGCGCGAUCCAACAUCAGAUGAGUUAACGCGCUGUAUUCUAACAACGAUUUGCGAAGGUUUGGAGGGACAAGAUCGGGGAGUCAUAAUAAGCUGCUUGGAGAUUUUGAAUAAGUUGUCGCAGAAAGAUACAAAUGCAAACGACUUGAAUAAAUGUUUAGAUUUUAAGACAUAUAAUCAAAUUUGUCUGUUCUUGGCCUUGAAUGAUAUAAUGUUAUUGCUAUACACACUUGAAUGUCUUUAUGGAUUGAGCUCACUUGGCCCGAGACCUUGCAACUCAAUCAUCCAAGUUAAAGGCAUUGUCGACACAUUGGUUUCUUUAAUCACUGUUGAGGCACAAAGUUACGGCCCAGAUGGUUGCAUUUUGAUGCGAGUUGUAGAAACGGUUCCUGGCAAUAUGCUUCCAAUGGUUGCCCAAAAUAUUGCGAACUUACAAAAUGUCGCUAUGCAAGGACAUGUUUUGGCAGCUAAGAAGGAGAGUCAUCCGGAAGCGGCGCAUGCCACAGCAACAAAUCCCGAGCCGCAAAAAGCAAUCGUAGUACCGCCUUCGCCAUCAGCACGUCCAAAUUUGCCAGCGGGGUCAAAAGAUAACAUAACUACCCCUGCAACACCUACUACUAAUAAAACUGCACCUACUGUACAGGAAAGUGAUCCAUUCGCUUUGGCCUGGGUUACAGCGACCUUUGAAUCAAUUGUAUCACCCACGAGUCGUGUGGAGCAGCAAGAAUUGUACAAGAUGUAUUUAGCUGCUUGUCAGAAAGCCGGGCGUCGUGGUAUUGUUUCACCCAUUCACUUCCCUCAGAUCGUCCGGACAGUACUAGGUUCAAAUGUGGGACCCAACCUAAUAAAAACCACCGAAGCUAACGGAAUUGAAUUAAACGCAUUUUACUAUAUUAAUAUCCGCAUGAGAGCGAAUCCUAUGCCCGUUCAGUAUAAAGUAUCACCAAUGCAAGCACCACAAGCCAAUCAGUCACCAACCAUACAGAAAGUUAUAACGAAGACUCCAACUCAAUCGCCGGCAACCCAACAUCAAGUGAAAGUAUCGCAGCAGGCGUUAACUGAAGCACAGGCGAUUAAAAAACCGGAGGUAGGUCAAAAGGGGAAAACAAUCAAGAAAGCCCAAGGGCAACCACCAAUGCAAAUGCAAGCACAGCAGGCUCAAACACCACAAGCCCAAGUACAGCAAACAACCCCAGCCCAGCAAGCUAGUCAACAGCAAAUCCAACAGCCACCGCAACCACAAAUUGUAACCCAGUUGCAAGAAAAUCAGCUAGUAGCAGGCAAACAUGUCAUUAUUAGUCACAGCGUUACUCCACAAUCGAUUGCACAGAAAGGUGUUCCACAAACUGGCGCUACAGAAUCAAACCAAUUAAGCGUGAUUCAACACCCUCAACAGCACCAACAACCACAAAUGCAGAUACAGCAGCAACCGCAACAAGUUCAAGUGUCGCAGCAAAUUCAGGUACAACAGCAACAAAUUCAGCUGCAACAACAUGUUCAAAUGCAACAGCAGCAGCAGGUGCAGAUUCAACAACAACCGCAGCCAAUGCAAAUCACACCGCAAACACCACAACAAAUUUCAAUGCAAUCGCCACAAAUUGUAGUGAAUCCAAAUAAUUCUGCUAUUGUACAAGGCAAUGGAAAUGUGCCGCAAACAUCUUCGUCUUUAAUUAAAAGUCUUCUGGCUAACAAGGUAACAACAUCUCCUACUUCCACUUCAGAUGUAAGCGAAGCGAAUGCGAGUGCAGCUCCAAAUAAUCCAAGUUGUUUGAUUACCCAAAAUGUUAAUUUGCAUCAGGUAGCUCAGCGUCAACAAAUGAAACAGAAAGAACUAGCUCAGCAACAAGCGCAGCAACAACAACAAAGUGUACCACAUGCGAGCAUAAGUGCUUUGAUGAAUAAUCCAGUUAUCCCCACAAGCGCAGUGAAAGUUGGUCAAACUACAAUUAAAGCAAUAAGCACAAACGCAGUUAUUCCUGCUGCGGUUAUAGAGAAGAAAACGACUAACACUUCAUCUCUUCAGCAACCUCAGUCACAAACUUCCAUUGAUUCGACUGAUAACAGUAGCUCGAAUUGGGAUCCCGUGCCGCCUUUGGCACCAUUAAGUGGGAACUUGCAGAAUAUAAAAAUUCCAAGUAAUGUUUUGAUAACUCCCGGAAAUGACGACUCUAAUUCAACGGGAAAUAAUUCAGUCGCUUCCAGUGCCAUCAGUUCCACACAGGUGAUAACCACUGAUGAUGGAGAAGGUUCACUUAUAAGUUUCGAGGGCCUUUUAGUUCCAAAAUCUAAAUCGGGCAGUUCUUCGGUGACCGAGGACGACAUCUCCAAGGAUUCAUUCAAUAAAACUGCGCAAGGGUUCCAAGGAAAUCAGAUGCUUGUGGAUUUGUUGGAUAAAAAGUCCCCGGAUCUUCCGGUGCCGUGUGGUCCUGCGAAAAGGAAAUACGAGGAGGAACCAAUCAAUGAAGGUAGCAUUAUCCAAAAGCGACUUGCAACUGAUAACGAUGAAAUUGAUGAUGACGAAGAAAUGCCCAUAGUUCAAGCUUCUAAAAAUGCUGCCAAUCUUUAUGCCGAAAUGGCUGCUUCUAUUCUCGAAGAUGAAGAUUUAGAAGAUGAACCCGAGCUCGAAACUACCAUUCCAGUGAUUCAACCUCCCGUCGAGCAGAAACAAGUCAUUACCAUGCCUGUUCCUAUCCAAAGGCAAAUCAUCAUGGGACCAAAUAACCAGGUUAUUUUAACGCAGCCAGGUCAACCAGUAAACCAACCUGUUCCACCUCAAGCUACAGCAACGAUAAAAACAGAUUCAGGAUUGCAAACGGUUCCCUUAAUAAUUCAAAAACAAAUAGGUCCAAACGGGCAACCAAUAAUUCAACCUGUAAUUCAACAGCAGCAUCAACAUCAAACGCAGUACGUAUUAGCAACGAAUCCGCAAGGUCAAACGUAUCUUGUAGCGCAACAGCCACAGCAACAGCAGCCUCUCAACCCAGCAUUACUUCUCGCUCAAACUGGACAGCAGCAAGGCUCUCAGACAAAAACCAUUAUCAUUUUGCAACAACAAGGAGGACCACCACAAGCUGUGGCGCAACAGCAAAUAAUUUCAAAUCCCGCUGGACAACAGAAAGUUAUCAUGACCACACAACAAGGGCAGCAAAUGAUAGUCACUCAAGUACCUCGACCUGUACAACAUCAUCAAAUAAUUGUCAGUAAUCCAAACUCGAAUAUUAUGCAAAAUGGGUCUCCUCAAAACGUAAUAAUAUCCCAAAAUUCUUCAAUGGUUCAACAAUCUCAGAUGCAGCAACAGCAACACAUACAAAUUCAAACAAAUUCAGCUGGUCAGCAACACCUUCAAAUCCAAUCGGCACAAGGUACUCAACCCCAGAUCCAGCUUCAAACUUCUGUACCACAGCCCCAAAUUCAAAUUCAGUCAUCCUCUGCUUCUCAAAGUCAAAUGCAAAUCCAAGCACCACCGUGUUCUCAACAGCAAUUCCAGAUUCAAGCUGCAUCUCAUACAGUCAUUCAAAAGCAGAUGCACCUGGCUCAAGUUGGCGGCGUAUCAGUUCAAGUAAACCAAUCUCCAACGACUAUUCAAAGUGCCACGAAUCAGCCUUCAAUUACUAUUCAGCCCCAGUUAAUGCAGCAACCGGCUUCUAUCAUCCAAUCGCAGGGCAAUCAACAACAAACAUCGCUCCAAACACAGCAGCAAGCUUCCAUUUUAUCUCAACUGCCACAUAUACCUGCUACAAUCAAAAUUCAUCCGUCAAGCACCCAAACGAGUCAGACACAAACGAAAGCAUUACCUAAACCUCAAAUAUUGGUACAACAGCAAUCAACUAUUCCCCCAGUCCCUUCGCAGCAACAAUCUGUAAUUCAAACGACACGUGCUGAAGUAAAGCGGCAGAUUAUAGUGACUGGGUCGGGUACAAUUGAAUUGUCGGAAAACGCAAAAGUAGGAAUAACAGCACCUCCACAAGUAACAUCUCAGCCUAUUCACCAAGGGCCGACAUCAGUCCAUCAGGCUACCCAACCGACGCAGCCACAAGUUAAUCAAGUAAUGCAGCCGCAAUCGCCACAGCAACCAUCAUCUCAGCUUGUACCCAAGAGACCGAAUAAACCCGACACACCAGCUGCAGACGAGGAAACUUUCGAUCAGAAUUGGUUAUGGAUUUGUGACUGGCGAGGGUGCCCAAGAAAGCAGUACAAAUCGCUAGCAGAAGUGUACAGGCAUGCGUGCACUGUACAUUGCCCGGAAAGUUUAGAUCCAGCAGCUGAAAUUUAUUGCCAAUGGGGUCCUGGAAGCGGAUUAUGCGAUAAUAUACCACGAAAAAGAUAUUCAUUAAUGACCCAUUUGCUAGACCGUCAUUGCACCUUAGAGUCACUGAAAGCUGCCUGCCAGAGAAGGGCAACUACGGGAAUUCUCCCACCAGUUCAUGGGCAACCUGUAACGAUUAUUAAAAAUGUCCCGUCGAAUUCCAGCGAAUCACGCGGAACCGCAUCGCCAGCUUUAUCUACUUCGUCUAGUAGCUCUCUUCCACCCGCUGCAAGCGCCGCAAUGCAUGCGAUAAAACGACACUCAAAUGAUUUUGUCAAUCCCAAGGAAUUGAUGGAUGAAAAUGAAGGUCCAGUAACAAAGAGUAUUCGUUUGACUGCGGCGUUGAUUCUCCGCAAUUUAGUAACCCAUACAUCAUUAGCAAAGAGGAAUUUGCGGUGCUAUGAGCCUCAUUUGGCGGGGGUUGCUCUGAGUAAUGUUGAAUCGAGUAGAACAAUAUCACAAAUACUUUACGAGUUGAAUAACUAGUAUUGUUAGUUUUGAAUGAGAAAAGCUACACGUUGCAUUGUAUUGUGUAGGACUAAGUAUAACGUUUCGUUGACAAUGUAAUCAGAAAGAAUAUUUUAAUAAUUAUCAUGAUGAAAUGAUGAAA